AUGCCGUCCGCAGUUGUCACUGGCGCCACCGUGCUAUCGUGCACCAUCUGCUCAAAGAUUCCUCAUAUGAAAGAAUCUUUUUCGCUUUCCCGCAGUAAUCCCGGAUACGAAAGCCCCAAGAUUAAGCAUGCCACCCUCGAUCUCCAAGCAUCGGCCGAUGAAAUGGCCAAAGAGCUGGCCGACGUCUCAGCAGAGCAUGUCUUCUUCUGCGCCUAUCUGGCCCGGGGCGAUCCCGGCGAGGCCGCCCGGGUAAACAGCGCGAUGCUUGGCAACUUUAUCCGCGCCCUUGAAGUCUCGGGCGCCGUCAAGAAACUGAAACGGUUCAUCCUGACCUGCGGCUUCAAGCAGUACGGCGUGCACCUCGGUCACCCCAAGCAACCGCUGCUGGAAAGUGAUCCUCCCUUGGAGAAUGGCUUUGGGGGAAUUGCCUGGCAGACGAACUUCUACUAUGACCAGCAGCGGAUCCUUGCUGAGGCUGCGGCCAGAGGAAAUUGGGAGUGGGUGGCUACGUACCCCGAAGACGUUCUGGGAUACGCCAAGGGCAACUUCAUGAACGAAGCAAGCGCCCUUGGCUUGUCAACAAAGCGCUCCCAGGCUCUGAACUUCCUUUUCCUGGCUGCCGCGCGAAUUACUUUGCCUUCAAUUGCUGGACUUCGGCCAAUCUGCACGCCAAGUUCUGCCUUUGGGCCGCGAGCAGCCCACGCGCAGGGAACAACGCGUUCAACGUAA